UCCUCAGAGCGGGUGUCCACAGGUGAUUUCAUAUUGGUUCUUCUUUAUCCAAUAGUCCCCAGCAAUAGAAGUGCAGUUCAGGUGUCUAGAGCAUUUGAUCUAAUAAUAUAGCAGCACGAAUCGCUCUUAGAGGCAUAUGAGAUUCCUGUGGGCGUUUUGGGAACAGAAAGAAGGAAACAUUAACAUUAACCCAGCGACUCGCGCGCAAGGGGUGGAGUUUUUCUGGUCGUGCGCUCUUUUCGGGUAUUUUGGUGGUGUCGCCUAUGAGUUUUUCACUUGAGAUAUUCUUCAGGAGAGCACCGUUGUUGGAUCUGCAGGUGUACGGACACAAUUCGACUAUUACUGAUUGCUGAUCAACUGCCUUGAUUUAGGUGAAACCCGAGGCACGGAUACAUUCAUUAAAUUCUUCCACUCUUCACCUCGAGCUGGGCAGAACAAUUCACACAUUUCUUCAAAAACAAACAUUGGAAUGCAAGAUGUGCCAGGCUUUACUCCAACUUAAAUGGAUGCUUCGUCCUGCUGGACGUUUUGUGGGAAAGUUUGAUUCCGCCCAUUUCUUUUAUAUCAAGAGGAUCUAAUCAAAUAGGAGAUAAAGGCAGACGUUGCAGGGUUUGAGCAGGCAGUGGGUGGCGACCUCUAGUCACGUGAUGGCGCUGACAGUAAACCUGAUUGGUCCGUCUCCAUGGGGCUUUAGAAUAUACGGAGGAAGAGACUUCAAGAAGGUGAUAACAGUUUCCAAGGUCAAUGGGGGCAGCAAGGCCGAGUUGGCCGCCCUGCAGCCUGGUGAUGUCAUCCUGGAGAUCAAUGGAGAGAACACAGUGGACAUGCUCAAUGUGGAGGCCCAGAACAAGAUCAAAAACUCCAAAACUCAGCUGCAGAUGCUGGUGGAGAGGCCUGAGCCCCCCAUCCCUGAACAGACCAAUGGAACCACCACCCCAGAACAGCUCACUGGACGCUUCCAGGAGGCGGUGCUGGUGAGUCGAGAUGAGAACCAGAACUACAGAGGGUACUCCAUCUCCAGCCCAGCCUCUCUGUCACCUGGACUCUACUCCCCAGAGGCUCCGUCCAGUCCUGAGGGAAAGAGAGAGAGGCUCACACCCACCGGCACCAAGAGCAUCCAGCUGCGUUCGUGGUCUCCAGAAGAGAAGACAUCGAGUCACAGACUGUCCAGACCACUGUCACAGGAGUUCUCUUCUCCGGACUUCAGGACUAACUCUGUGACCAGUCGAACCCCCACCCCUCCAGGACAUUACUCGCCCCACAGCCCUAUUGACCGCGAGCUGUCUGUCUCCCCCAGACGCAGUUCUGGCUCGGACUUUGCCAUGCAGCGGUUUGACCGGGAUUCAGAGGUCUACAAGAUGAUCCAGGAGAACAAGGAGUCUCGCACGGCCCCUCGACAGUCCAACACCUUCCACAUGCUGCAGGAGGUUCUGGAGGCCGAUGAGAAGGAGGCAACUGUGCGGUUUCCAGGACUCUCGCCCAAACCCACCCCUCCCAAACCCACAUCACCCGGGGGCGGAGUCCCCAAGUACCACACCUGUGAGAAGUGUGGCACCAGCAUUGUUACACAGGCGGUGCGCAUCAUGCACGACCGCUUCCGCCACCCAGAGUGCUACACCUGUUCUACACCAGAGUGCGGACUCAACCUGAAGAUGCGAGGUCACUUCUGGGUGGGAGAGGAGAUGUUCUGUGAGAAGCAUGCCCGCGAGAAUUACCAGGGCCUUGGCACUGCCCCCUGUGCCACCGUCUCACCCCGCCACUGAGGCUCAGAGCAAUAGACCAUGGGCUGGGGAACGGGAGUGGGAGUGCCAACACAUCAGAGGUUGUGCGUUUUCUAUAGCAUUUAACUAUUCUCUCCAGGUUUCUAAUUCAGUUACUAUGAGGUUUGGAUGGAACUUUUCUUUUCCCAGGCCCUCCCGGUUUAGCCCUUAUAGAUGUAUUGUUAUCGCUAAUGUACAGCUGUAUCGGGCGGCAGGUAGCCUAGUGGUUAGAGCGUUGGAUUAGUAACCGAAAGGUUGCAUGAUCGAAUCCCUGAGCUGACAAGGUAAAAAACUAUUUUUCUGCCCCUGAACAAGGCACUUAACCCACUGUUCCUAGGCCUCAUUGAAAAUAAGAAUUUGUUCUUAACUGACUUGCCUAGUUAAAUAAAGGUUUAAAAAAAAAUAGAUAUAAUAAUAUAACAUCUCAUUCAGACAACUUAGUGGGCUACUACACCUGCCGUAUUUACACCAACUUAUUACAAAACAGAACUGGUAUAUGAAUCAGAUCAAUGACAGAGCGUAACAUUUUAAUCCUUUAAACAGCAUUGAGUUUCCUGCUGACCUGUUCGGAGGAAGGGAAAUAAACUCUUCAUUUGAAUUCCAAGGCAUUUGAAAGACAGAAGACCUACAUAUGCAAAGGGAGAACUUUCAUCUGUGUCAAAAUUUGUACUAUAUUUGUGGUUGUGUGCAUUUGUGUGUGUGUGUGUGUGUGCUUGCGUGCGUGUGUUUGUGGAAUUCAACUUGAGUAAGAGUUUUGAUCAUUCCUUUUGAAGUGAUGGUUUAAGUGCCUGCGUUGCUGCCAUUUCCCCCUGCUAUUGGGAUCACUAUUGAAAGGUUUCAGUGGAUUCAGCUUUAGAAUGUCAGGCCGAGCCUGUUGGGUUUGUUUUUGCCUCGUGGUAGCACAUCAGUUUAGUUGGAAUUAUGAAAUGCGUAUUUGCUUUAUUGCUUUUUAAAAUUUGAAAUAAGGGAAUAUAAAGAUGUGAUGUAUAAAUAAAAACAUUUUUGUGAAUGUUUCUUUUAUAGAACAAUAUAUAGUACUGUAUCAUAUGACAUCUGAUGACAUGUGUAUGCACAGGGCUGCAUGACUUGUAGUACUAUUUUAGUGUGAAGAGGUUUGCUGAUGCUAUUGCUGUAUAUUCUGUUUCUUCACAGCAGCACCCACAGAAAGACAGUGUCAUAAAAACACAUCAAUGUUUUUGAAAAAUAUGUAAGGAUAAAACUACAUGUAUCUUGCUUGGCCUUUUGUAUAGUUAGCUAUGCAAUUGUACCAUCAACAGCCUGUGUUGUUGAAAAUGAUGUCAUGUAGGCUAAACCUUCCAGCUCCCUGGACAAUAAACACCAUGUGGACCCCUUCUCAUCCUGUAGAUCAUCCUAUAGAUGGGUACAUUUGGCCUACUGGUCCCACCUCUGUCUGUCUACCUGCGAAAUCAUUGUGGACACACAGUCAGGUUCAUUUGUACUAUAACCUGGCUGUACUGGGAACAACAUUCAGAAUUUAUAAAACGAGCUUGGAAGAAGGUCUUCUAUUCUCUGUAAAUUGGUGAUGAGCAGAUUUUUUCUGCAUUAUGUUUUGUAAGAAUAAAUAGUAUCUUUGAUGCUCUUGAAAUUGG